AUGAGUUUUAAUAACAUAAAUCAGAUAGACCAAGAAAUUCCUAGAUAAAAGAGAACAUAAGUUUCUAAUUUGCAAAAUACUUAGACAGCAAAUUAAAAAAAUAUCAAAUUAUAGACUUAUGCAGAUGUAAAUCAAGAAAUAUAACCGUUUUAUAAUCCGCAAAUUAUAUAAGUUCAACCCUAAGAAUCCUAUGAGCAAUCAGAAACAGACAAAACUAAAUAUUUUUAAAACUUUCUGGGAUAGCAUAAUUCAAAAAUAUCUAAAUUGUUUUUUUUCGAAUACACAAUUUAUGCUUUACAAUUAAAAAAUGAAGUUUUAGACAAAAACUUUAAAAUUACAGAAAAAUAUCUUCCUGCUUUAUCACCAGAUGAUGAUUUAAAUGAAUUAGUAUUUAAAUCUGAGAAUCGAAUUUUUGAAGGACAAAAUAUGACAUAUAAAACAUUAAUAAAGUUAAUAUUUUUAGGUGAAUUAAAAUGGAUAACAGGAAAAUGUAUUAUGUCAUAUGUCAUAGAAUCAAUUUCAAAAAAUGGAAUUUCUUUUGUUUUAAGUUUUGUUAUAAUUAGUGUAUCUCAAAAUAAUUAAGAUAAUGCCCAUUAUUAUGGAAUAAUACUAGUAUUAUUAAAUUUCAUUAGUUUAUUGAGUAGACAUCAUGCUGCUAAUUAUUCAAUGAUAUUUUCUACUAAAGCACGUCUUUGUUUAAUAAAUUUAGUUUAUAUUAAAUUGAUUGGAUUAAAUUCUUAUUCUUUUAAAUAAGCUAAUAUAGGUAAGAUAUUAAAUAUAAUAUCUGGAGAUAUUAAUACAUUAGAAUAAAUGUUUAGCAUGAUAUUUCCAAGUAGUGUAGUAAUUAUAUCUAUGUUUUUUGCUUGUUUUAUAUUAUGGAAUAGAUUUGAUAGUAUUAUUGGUUUAUUGGCAGUUUUAUUAUUAUUUCUUGCUUAUCCUAUUUAAAUGAUAAUAUAAUCAUUCAAUUAACAAACUUUAAAAUAAGCGAAACUUAAUUAAGAUUAAAGAUUAAGAAUAACUAAUCAAUUCAUUGAAGGAAUUAGAUUAAUUAAGAUGUAAGCAUGGGAAAAUGCCUUUUAAAAAAUGAUAUUGACAAUAAGACAAAUUGAAUUUCUAAGUAUUUUUAAAAUUCUUCUAAGAACUUCAGUUGAUAGAUUAUUUACAUAAACUUCACAUAUAUGGGCAAGUUUUUUGUAUUUUAUUAUUAUAUAUUAUGGUGAAUAAAGAAAUGAAAUGAAAAUUGACUAAAUGAUUUUAACAAUAUAAUUGUUAAAUUCUCUGAGAAUAUCUUGUGUAUAUAUGGUUUCAAAUGGAAUAUAAGCUUUUAUUUAAAUUAAAGUUACUUUUGAAAGGAUUGCAAAUGUGUUAAAUCUAUAAAAUUUUGUUAUGCUUAAAGUUGAUGAUUCUUCUUUAAAUGAAAAUAAUAUAAUUAAAACAGAACAAAUUAGAAUUGAAUUAAUAAAUUUUAGUGCAUAUUGGACACAUACAGUAUCUGAUAAUGAUAAAGCAAUCUUAAAAAAUUUGAAUAUAAAUUUUAAAUAAGGAGAAUUAUGGGCAAUUAUUGGAAGAGUUGGAUGUGGAAAAUCAACUCUUUUACAUUCAUUAUUAUGUGAAAUUCCAGCUUAUAAAGGACUCAUAUUAAUUGAUGGAUAAAACCCAUAAUAAAAUAAAUUAACAAUUAGUUAUGUUGAAUAAGAACCAUUUUUAUUUCCUGAUACUAUUAGAAAUAAUAUUCUAUUUGGAAAAGCAUAUAAUAAAUCACUAUAUUUAAAAGUUACUUAAGUAGCAUAAUUAGAAUCUGAUUUUGAUUUGAUGAAAUUUAGAGAUUAGACUGAAAUUGGAGAAAGAGGUAUUACACUUUCAGGUGGAUAAAAAGCAAGAAUCUCCUUAGCUAGAGCAUUAUAUUAAACACCUGAUGUAUAUUUAUUUGAUGAUCCUUUAUCUGCUGUUGAUGCAAGUGUUGCUUAAAAUAUAUUUACAAUUGCUAUUAAAUAAUUCAUUUUUGAAUAUCAAAUAACUAUAAACCCAGAAAAACAAAAACCAAUUGUUAUUUUAGCAACUCAUUAAAUUUAAUAUGCUAUCAAAUGUGAUAAAAUUGCGAUAUUAAGUCAUGGUGAAUUAAUUGCUUAAGGCUCAUAUGAACAAAUUAAAUUACAUUUAGAAAUGAUUAAUAAGGAUUUAGCUUAAUAAUUAGAUAAAACUUAAAAUGAAACUAAAAAUUAGGAUAUCUUAGAAUAAUAACCUAUCAAUACAAUCUCAAAAAAAGUAAAAUCAUCAGAAAAUAGAACUCUAAUAGUGUCAGAAUCAGAUAAUUAAUAAGUCAUUAAUUUUUCUGUAUAUAUGAGAUAUUUCAACAAUUGGAAUUGUUUAUCUUUUUUUUUAGUGAUAGCCUUUGAGGUUGGAUAAGAAAUUUUAACUAUGCUAUAUCAAAGAUUUAUAUCAUUAUUUGAAUACUAUUAAGAGAAUGGUUAGACAGAUUCUACUUUUAUCAUAUUAUCUUGUAUUGUAAUUGGAUUAAUGAUUUGUUGUUUAAUUAAGUAUAUUCUUAGUUUAAUUUAAGUAUAAUAAACAACUUAAAACAUUCAUAAAAAGAUGCUGAAUUCUAUUGCAUAAGCCCCAAUAUCAUAUUUUGAUGUAAAUCCAUCAGGAAGAAUUAUAAAUAGAUUUUCAAACGACUUAUCUUUGUGUGAUAAUUCAACAAAUUAAGUUUGUUUAGAUAUUUUAGAAAAGAUGGGCAAUUUUUUGAUUUCCUUAAUAACCCUUGCAAUCUUAUAACCUUUCUUCAUUAUUAUGAUAUUCUUCAUCUUAAUUGUAAAUCUUUAUCAAUAUAAUUUUUACAAUAAAAUUAUAAGCUAAUUGAAAGAGAUUGAAUUAAUUUAAAGAAGUCCAUUAUUUGAUUUUAUAAAAAAUACAUUAGGUGGAUCUAUCCAAAUUAAAAUUAAUAAAUAAUAAAAACUAUUUAAGAAAAAGUUUAUAGAUAUAUCAAAUAAAUGUAAUUUGAAUUCAUUAACUUAUUUUUAUUCAACAAGAUCAUUUUGUUUUAAUAUUGAUUUUAUUGCAUUUAUUGCUUCAACAGCUGGUUUAUUUAUUUUCCUUAAUCUUAAUUAAAAUGAUGUUGCAAUAUUUUCUUAAGGAUUAUUAUUAUUAACUAUAUACAACGAAGGAUUAUCAUAUGGAUUAAAAUAAUUGAUAUUUUUUGCAACUUAAAUGAGUUCAUAUAAUAGAAUGUUCCAGAUAAUAGAUGUUGAAUAAGAAGCACAAUAAGUAAAAGAAAUAGAUUCAAAAUUAUAAAGUUUUCCAGAAUCAGGUGAUAUUAAAUUUGAUAAUGUUUAUAUGAGAUAUAGAUGUGAUUCAGAUUUAGUUUUAAAAGGAUUAACAUUUGAAAUUAAAAGUGGAUAAAAAAUAGGUUGUGUUGGUAGAACAGGAGCUGGAAAAUCUUCAAUUUUAUAAACAAUUUUUAGAAUAAGUGAAAUUGAAGAAUAUGAAGGAUCUAAAAUAGAAAUUAGUGGAAUUAAUAUUAAAUAAUUAGGAUUAUAAAAAUUAAGAAGUAGUAUUGGUAUUAUUCCUUAAUCUCCAUUCUUAUUUACUGGAAGUCUUAGAUCAAAUUUAGAUCCAUUUAAUUAAUAUGAUGAUUAAGCUAUUUGGUAAGCAUUAAAUAUUGCUGGAUUAAAUGAAUAUAUUAAAUAAUUUUCUAAUGGUUUAUAAACAGAUAUAAGUGAUAUUAAUUCAUUAUUCUCUGUUGGAUAAAAAUAAUUAAUUUGUUUAGCUAGAACUCUAUUAAAUAAAAAGAAGAUUAUUGUUUUAGAUGAAGCAACUGCUAAUCUUGAUAUGAAAACAGAUGAUUUUAUUUAAAAUACACUUAAAUAAUAACUUCAGGAUUGUACACUUAUUACUAUUGCACAUAGAUUAAAUACUAUUGCUGAUUAUGAUAAAGUUAUGGUUAUAGAAGAUGGAAAAGUCAUUGAAUUUGAUGAACCAUUUAAUCUAUUAGCAUAAUCUAUUAAUUCAAUAAAUAUUGAUAAACAAACUUAGUUUUCUAAACUUGUUUAAAAUACAGGACAUUCUAAUUCAUAAGCUAUUUUUGAUAUUGCCAAAAAAAAAUAGAUACAAAUUUAGAAAUGA